AUGCGGCAAAUCCUAAAAGAAGAAGAUUUCAAAGGAGAAGAUUUUAAUCUUUUUCAAGUAGCAGGCCAGAAGUGCUUAGAAGAGGGUUAUGCAGCAGAAGUAUUAGAAGUAAUUCAAAAUGAGAAAAAUAAGGUUAUUGUCAAGAGUAUGGGUUGGAAUCUUGUUUGUCCUCUUGUUAGAUGUAUUUUGAGUUAUAAGCAGGAAGAUGAGAAGCGAGAACAUUGUCUGAAAAUACUAGAUCAGUUGGUGCAGCUGUGUAAUCCAAAGGAACUUUUAUUGGGUUUACUUGAGCAGAUUGAGCAGACAUCUGGGGAACAGAUAUCCCAUACUAUUCUGCUCUUGCUUCAGCCUCUGCAGACAGUUCUAUUGAAACUUCAUAGCAAGAAGUCAUACUCAGUGGGUUUAUCUUUGUCUACCAUUUUAAAUCAACUCUCUCUCCUGCCUGUACCUUACACAAAAGAAGAAAUACGAGAAGAUAAACUUGGCCUCUGCCAGUGUUGCAAUGCAAUAGUGGAUUUUGCUAAACCUUUUGUGGAUGAAGUUGUUAAAAAUAUGGAAACCUCAACAGAAAAUGAUGACGAAGAGCUCAAAGAAGAAUUGCUAAAAUUUUGUUUGAAAAGCUUGAAAUACCCCUUAUUAAUAGCACAGCUUGAUCAGCUGCAAGAAGACAUUGAAGAAGACCCCUUAAGGCAUUUUGCAGCUGAAAUUCUAGGCAUUUUAUUGGAUAUAAAAGAAUUGUUACCAACAUUGUUUUCACACCGUGGAAACAGAAAUCAGAACUGGGAUAAUCCGGAUUUUUUGGAUGUAGAUAGAAAGCAUUCUGCAGAUUCUUUGGCAUGUCUGUCAUAUCUGGUGUUUGUUCAGUAUUUUGAUAUUGAUUGUUUUCCAAUGGUCUUUAGUCCAUCAUAUCUUCUGCAGUGCAACAUGACACACAUUGAGGUCCUAUUGGAAAGGACAGAAGAAUCUGUGUUAACUAAAGGACUUGACCUGCUUGGAAACUGUUUAUUGAGAAUGAGUGAUGAUAGCCUUCAUCAUCAGUAUUUGGAAUUCAAAGGCUUCAUUACAGCACCUCAGGGUUUGGUGAAAGUGAUGACCCUUUGUCCUAUAGAGCAUUUGCGAAAGAAGAGUUUGAAGAUAUUGCAGUUAUAUAUAGACAAGUUUGAUGCAGAGGGAAAAUACACUUUGUUCAGGUGUUUAUUGAAGACAAGCAACCACGCUGGCGUAGAAGGCUAUGUUAUUCAAAAUAUCAAAAAUCAGAUUGAUUUAUCAUUAAAGAAAGCAAAUGACAGUAAGUGGUUUACUGGACCCCAGCUGGUUUCUCUUCUAGAUUUAGUGCUGUUGCUUCCUGAAGGGGCUGAAACAGAUCUUCUCCAAAACUCAGAUAGGAUUAUGGCCUCACUAAAUCUAUUGAGAUAUUUAGUCAUUAAGGAUAACGAAUACGACAAUCAAACUGGUAUAUGGACUGAACUUAACAAGAUUGAGCAAAAUUUCUUAAAGCCUUUGCACACAGGACUUAAUAUGUCAAAAGCACAUUAUGAAGCAGAAAUAAAGAGUAAAAAGGAAAAUAGACGAGAAUCUCACAAUUCUAAAGCAGUUUGUUCUGUAACAGUUGGUGGGGAAAAGAUGCCUAACAUGACCACUGAAAUGCAGCUUCAGGUUCUACAUUCAGCUCUUUUCACAUUUGAUUUAAUAGAAAGUGUUCUGGCCCGAGUAGAAGAACUCAUCGAAGUGAAAAUAAAAACCAUAACAUAAAUAUUGGUGGUCAAAUGAAGCACUUGGUGUCCUAAAUCCUAGUGGGUUUUUAACGCUUGCAGUACAUUAAGACGUUGGUCAUUAUGACUUUACUUGAAAGAGACAUUAUCAAGCUUUAAACAAGUCUGUUGAAGAAUUAUUUAUAAAAGGCUGCUAGAAUACUUGCAACUGCUGUUCUUUACGUGUCUUAUUACAUGUCUUUACUGUAGAAUCUGAUUAGUGGAGAUAGACAAUGUACUAAUUUCAACAAAAUAUCCCAAGCUACCCUCUCAUUGAGUUAGCUGAAGUUUUGCUAGAGUUUGGAAAUUGCAUCUGCUUGGCAUAAGAUAAUUAUAUUUUAUUAACCUUUGGAGACGAGAGGAUGUUUUUGGUGUGUAGAAAUAGCCUUAUGUUUGCAUUACCUAGAACCCAAUAAUGAUGUUUGGAAAGUUUUGAGCUCCACAGAUGUGUAAAUACUAGGUAUUAUUACUGCAAUUAAUAUUGCCAACCAUACUUCUAGAUUAAUAAAGACUGACUGUAAAUCAGGACUAUCCAUACUGGAGAUCUGAGCAUAGGGAUUUGAGGACAAGGGGAAGCCAUGCUUCAAAAAACACCUCCAGGACAAAACAAGAUAAGUUUAGAACUUUCCCCAGUGAAAGGUAAUAUACAUAAACAAGACAGUAAGCAUAUAUUUUGUAAAGAGA